AGCAGUUGAGUGACAUUAGUGAGGGCGUGGCCCCGUGACCACGUGGCCCUGGAGGUGUUCUGAGGGAGGGUACCGUUGAACUUACUCGCUCCGCAGAGGCCAUUUGUUGUACUAAGCUCCUGCGCUACGCUCCCUUUUUCGUUAUUUAUGGAUGAUGGCUAGUACUGCUGCCUUAGCGCCAGGGACCCAGGUUCGAUUCCAGCCUUGGGCGACAGUCUGUGGAGUUUGUAUCAGAGAUAAUGGGAACUGUAGAUGCUGGAGAAUCUGAGAUAACAAAGUGUGGAGCUGGAUGAACGCAGCAGGCCAAGCAGCAUCUCAGGAGCACAAAAGCUGACCUGAAGGGUCUAGGCCCGAAACAUCAGCUUUUGUGCUCCUGCGAUGCUGCUUGGUCUGUGUUCACCACCUCCACACGUUGUUAUCUCUAGUCUGUGGAGUUUGCACGUUCUCCCUGUGUCUGCGUGGGUUUCCUUCUGGUGCACUGGUUUCCUCCCCCAGCCCAAAGAUGUGCAGUUUAGAUAAAUUGGCCAUGGGAAAUACUGGGUAAUAAGGAUAGAGUGAUGAGUCAGUGUGGACUCUUUUGGGCUGAAUGGUCUGUUUUCACAUAGUAGGGAUUCUUAUGACCUGGGCCGCCCUCAGGUCCCAUCCGCCCCAGGGAGAGUACAUAACCCUCUAGUGUCUUGAGAUGUCAGAGCAGAAGUACACAUUGGACACGUCGUCUGCUCUGCUGUUCAAUGAAUUUGUGCCUGAUCCCAUGACUUUCAAAUCAAACUAUUCCUUAACAAUUAAGAAUAUUCAAAGUUGACACAUUUUUAUGACCCAGCCUCAGCAGCUGUCUAGUUCCACUAGUUCACAAUGAUCUCUGAACAGAAAUUAUUCUUCAUCUGUUUUAAGUGGGUGACAAGUUUAUGUCAUCUGGUACUGGAGUUUCAGGGCUACUCCCUAUCUACCUUGUAUAGAGGUCUAUAGUACAGAAAAAAGCCCAUCAAGUCAGCACUAACCCUUAAACCCAUUUUCCAGCUCUUGUCUUAUAGCCUUGUAUGGUGCAUAUCUGAAUAUAUCUCAAAUGUUAUGAAGGUUUCUUCCUUGAUGAUCCUUACUGGCACUGAGUUUGAGUCCUACCACCUUAUGAGUGAAAAUCAAGUGCUCGUGAAAAUCUGUUAUGAUAAGGUCUCCCUUCAUCCUUCUAAAUUGCAAUCAACGUCAGCCUAAUUUACUCAGUUUGUCUUUAAAUUAAAACCUCUCCAUACCUGGGAUCAACCUAAUGAAGUUCUGUGGAUUGACUCUAAUGCCUUUCUUGAAAAAGGGGACCAAAACUAUUCACAGUAUUCUAGCUGUGGGCCCAGGGACAGCAGGAGAGAAUGUUGUGAAUACCUAUCCUGGACUGAUUGGGAUCAAUUUUACGAACUGCUUUUAUAGGGAUUAGAAAGGAAGAAUUGACACACCACAAACUUAAAGUAAGCAUCAUGUUCGGAUCUAUUGGACCGAAUGGCCUGUUUCUGUGCUGUAUGAUUCUGUCGUAAUCACUCAAUUAAUCUGGGCCUGGACAUUGAAGACUUUUAUAUGUGAGCAUUAAGAUUUACUUUAUUCUUUCAGGGGAUGUGGGGUUAGCUGUCAAGUCAGCAUUUAUUACCCAUCCCUAGUUGCCUUUAAGAUGUUGGUGGGUUGCCUUCCAGAACUGCUGCUGUCCACUAGUUAUGGGUUGCACCCACAAUGCUGCACAGGAGUUCCAGGAUUUGGUCCCAGUGAUAGUGAAGGAAACGCAACAUAGUUCUAAGUCAGGAUGGUGAGUGGCUUAGAAACAUAGAAAAUUGGAGCUGAAAUAAGCCAUUCUGCUCUUCAAUCCUGCUUUCUCAAUCAAAAUAAUUGUUGAUCUUCUAACACAGUACCCUGUUUGUGCUUUGUUCCCAUACCUUCUGACCUUUUUAGCCCUGAAAACUAUAGCUACUCCUUUGUGGACAUAUUCAAUGUUUUGGCCUCAACUGCUUUCUGUGGCACAGAAUUCUACAGGGAUACCACUCUCUGAAUGCAUUUCCCCUCAUUGCAGUCCUCAGGCUGAGAGGGGAACUUAGAGGUACAAGUGUUUCCAUCUAUUUGCCUUUGUUCUUCUUGGUGGUAUAGGUUCAUUAUGGGGUUUCAAAGUUAAUGGUGCACAUUGCUACUAUGUUGUUGGUGGAUGGACGAAUAUUUGUGAAUGUGGUGUUAAUCAAGCAAGCUGCUUUGUCCUGGGCGAUGUCAAACUUCUUAAGUGUUGUUGGAGCAGCAUCCAUCCAGGGCAAUGGAGAGUAUUCCAAGACACUGCUAACUUGUGCCUUGUAGACAAUGGACAGGCUUUGGGGAGUUAAGAGGUGAUUACUUCCUGCAGGAUUCCUCAGCGCUGUCCUGCUCUUGUCACUACAGUAUUUAUGUGAGCUUUAUUCCAGUUUAAUUUCUGGUCAGUGGUAACCUCAGGAUGUUAAUAGUUUGGGAGUUUAUUGAUGGCAAAGCCAAUGAUUGUCAUGAGGGAAAUGGUUUGAUUCUCUCUAUGGAUAGCAUCAUUGUCUGGCACUUUCAGUGGCACAGUAUUACUUGCCAUUUUUAAGCCUAAGCCUGGAUAUUGUCCAGUCUUGCUGCAUUUGGAUUUGGAGUGCUUCAGAAUAUGAAAAGUUGCUUAUUAUGCAAUCUCCUACAAACACCUUUGACAUCUGACCUUUUGAUUUGAGGGAAGGUCAUAAGUGAAACAGCUGAAGAUCAGUUAGGUCUAGAAACAACCUUUCCUGGCCUAGGGAAUUGUGGCACAGUGAUAGUGACUCUAAUUCUAGGCCAUAGGGUCUAGAUUCAAAUCUCACCUACUCCAGAGGUGAGUCAUAUUGUCUACCCUAAUGAAUUCCUAGGCCCUUAUAGUUCAGUGGUAGUAUCCGUGUGUCUGAACCAGGAGACCUGGGUUCAAGUCCCAGCUGUGCUAGAGGUAAAUAAUAACAUCUCUAAACUGGUUAACUAAAAAAUCUCUGCAGUUGAAACUACUGACCUCCAACUGAUUAUCUUCUUAUUUGCUAGGUAUGUCUCCAAACAGCAGAGACAUUCACUUGAUUCUUAUUGAAUCUUAUUUUGUGAGGGCUCCUUGAUUUCAUGUUUGAUCAAAUGAUACCUUGCUAUCAUCUUGCCUCCACGGUUCAGGUCCGAGUUGAACCAAAACUGUUGCCAAAGUCCUUGCGAUGUCUCCCAAAUCCUUUUGUGAUCAGCUUUGAGAACAAGUUUUUUUUAAUGCAUGUCAUCCAAAAAUUUCAAGCAUUUGCACAGCUCUAUCAAAUCGUCACAUCGCCCCUCCACCUCCUUUCCUUGAAGGAGAACAGCCCCAGAUUCCUUAAACUAACCUUGCAACUAAAAUUGCCCUUCUGAUAAGUGUCCACUACAUCCUCUCAAGGACUCUCACAUCUGCCAGAUGCUGCCUGGCUUCCUGUAUUCUUCCAGGCACCUGUUUAUGUACCCUACAUCCUUUAUUGUUUGGUAAUCAUGGGCUUGUGCAGACUUAGAUGGUCUGUGUUUUGUGUGUGACACAUGAUUCCUCAAGUGACUAUUUCAUGUGCCAGCAGAUACACAGUGACGUCACUGCACUCUCUCUGGGGUAUUUCUUCAACUGAAUUCUGACUCCAGUGUGUCUGAUUUCUUUCCAACACUUGGCUCCAGCAAGAGAUCUAGAUAUAGAAAACUGAAAUUCUUUCAGAUGAGUGUUUUUGUCCAUUCACUUCAGUUUAGAGCUUUUUGUCAGUAGGCGCUAUUAUCUGAGAGAUGUUCCAUAGCUCAAGAACUAGUGUAACUUCUUUACUGUACAUCUGAAUUCAUGUCCAUCUUUUGCUAUGUUUCAAGUUUGCCAUCCCCAGUCACGUCUAAUUGUCUAGCCUGCUUUAUGUCUAAUAAUGGGUAUAUUUUAGUUCUGUUUAGUAUUUCACCAGUAAUUCUGCUAAUCUCCUCUAAAUGAGGUUUCUCCUGCUACCCUUUCCCUGACAAUGUGCUACUGGUGUACCAGAUUUAUUUUCCCAUGGUAAGAAUUUACCAGCAAAGGUAUUCCAAACUAUUCCCUCUGCCUGCACUGAGUUCUGUAUCGCCAUUAACUACCUGUUCGUGUGUCUAAAUACCUCCUAAAUGUUACCUGCUAUCAUCUCCCUGUGGCAUAUUCCAGUUACCAGCGGAUAUUGCCCCGCCACUGUUGCUCAUGGAGAAGGUGAUUUGAUCUUCGGGUCGCUGCAAUCCAAGUAGUGAGGGUGCUGCCACACUGCUGUAGGGAUUUUGAACAGGGAGAAUUUGCAGUUGGGCAGCUUGAAUCAAGCAUCCCAUCAAGAUAUUUCAAAGUCAUUCAAUUGAACGUAACCUUAAAUACCAUAGAGUUUUGAACAUGGAAGAGAAUAGCACUGUUCACCAGUGCAGUAACACUGAGGAGCAGCUUUUGAAGUGUGGUGUCAGUGAGGAGGGAUUCAGUUACCAAUCUGAGCUGGACACUCAUCAAUACACUCACACAGGGGAGAGGCCAUUAACCUGCUCUAUAUGUGGGAAGGGAUUCACGCGAUUAUCUCAGCUGAUGGCACACCAGCGAGUGCACAGUGGGGAAAGACCUUUUAAGUGCCCAGAUUGUGACAAAUGCUAUAAAAGUUCUGGGGACCUGAAGUCUCAUUAUCGUGUUCAUACCAAUGAAAGACCUUUCAGGUGUUCUCACUGUGGGACUGGGUUCAGGGGAUCAUUCCAACUCACGGUGCAUCAGCGAAUUCACACUGGGGUAAGGCCAUUCAUCUGCUCCAUGUGUGGGAAGGGGUUUACUCAGUUAUCCCAUGUGCUAAGACAUGAGAGAGUUCACACUGGAGAGAGACCUUAUAAAUGCCCAGAUUGUGAAAAGUGCUACAAAAGCUCAGGGGAAUUGAUGUCCCAUCAACGUGUUCACACUGAUGAGAGACCAUUUAGGUGCUCUCAAUGUGGAACUGGGUUCUGGCUGUCAUCUGAACUCAAUAUACACCAGCGAGUUCACACUGGAGAGAGGCCAUUCACCUGCUCUGAGUGUGGAAAGGGAUUCAGUCAGUCAAACCAGCUCUUCACACACCAGCGAGUUCACACUAGGGAGAGACCAUUUACCUGCUCUGAGUGUGGGAAAGGAUUCACUCAAUCAUCUGACUUGCUGAUUCAUCAGCGAAUUCACACUGGAGAGAAGCCGUUCAGUUGCUCCGAAUGUGGGAAGAGAUUUACUACGUCAUCCCACCUGCUGAAACACCAGCGAGUCCACAAGAAGCUGCAGUGAUUUUGCUGAUAGUUGCAUCCUGGAAUGAACUGUGUUUAUUGGGAUCUGUUUUUUGCUGAUGUUAAUAAACCCCAGUCCAGUUAUAGGUGUUAGUAUUCUGCAUAUAAGUAAAAUAAAGUAAUUUUGUGUUAAA